UGGACGAAUAUCAUGGGAUGAGAGAGAGAGAGAGAGAGAGAGAGAGAGAGUGAAGUGAAUGAAGGUCAGUGGCACUGGCAACUAUUGGUGGAAGACAACGACCACAGGGACGAUGACACGCUCGUGAAGCGAGCAGGAGCAGGAAAAGUAGGCGUGUCGUCUCUCCGGCGCACGAUAGCUUAGCUCGCUCUUACCGACAUUUUGAUUCCCUCCAAAGCACACAGAGUGUUUUCUGUGUUUUUACAAAGCACUCUAACCAACAGGAAAAAAUGAUCAACCUAAGCUAGGCAAAGCGAAGUAAUACAUUCUCUUUCAAGGAUUUGUUUUACGAAAACAGUUUUUGAAAAUUGUUAUUCAACAGCAAUUGAACAACUCUGCGGAAGCAAUUUUUGUUUCUCACCGGCCAUGGCUGCGAGAGGGAGAGAGCUUUUUUUUCUUUCGGUUUUGGUAGUCGGCGUUCUUGCUGCAAGGACGUCGUUUGGUGCCAAUGUGACAUACGAUCAUCGAGCUCUGCUGAUCGAUGGAAACCGCAGGGUCUUGAUCUCCGGCUCCAUUCACUACCCUCGCAGCACUCCCGACAUGUGGUCGGACCUCAUUCAGAAAUCUAAGGAUGGAGGCUUGGAUGUGAUCGAGACCUACGUUUUCUGGAACUUGCAUGAACCGGUUCGAAAACAGUAUGAUUUUGAAGGAGGAAAAGAUUUAGUUAAAUUUAUUAAAUUGGUUGCUGAAGCUGGUUUAUAUGCUCAUCUAAGGAUUGGUCCUUAUGCUUGUGCUGAAUGGAACUACGGUGGGUUUCCUCUUUGGUUGCAUUUCAUACCUGGAAUUCAGUUUCGAACCGAUAACAAGCCAUUCAAGGCGGAAAUGAAGCGAUUUACAGCCAAGAUUGUGGACAUGAUGAAGCAAGAAAAACUCUAUGCAUCCCAAGGUGGACCCAUUAUCUUAUCCCAGAUUGAAAACGAAUAUGGGAACAUUGACUCGGCGUAUGGAUCUGCUGCCAAGACUUAUAUUAAUUGGGCAGCAAGCAUGGCUACAUCUUUGGAUACAGGAGUGCCAUGGGUGAUGUGCCAGCAAGCAGAUGCACCUGAUCCUAUAAUCAACACUUGCAAUGGAUUUUAUUGUGACCAAUUCACCCCCAAUUCCGCCAAGAAACCAAAAAUGUGGACUGAGAAUUGGACUGGAUGGUUUCUUCCAUUUGGCGGUGCUGUUCCCUACAGACCUGUGGAAGACCUUGCUUUUGCUGUGGCACGAUUUUUCCAGCGAGGGGGAACCUUCCAGAAUUAUUAUAUGUACCAUGGUGGGACUAAUUUUGGCCGGACUUCUGGUGGACCCUUCAUUACAACAAGUUAUGAUUAUGAUGCUCCAAUUGAUGAGUAUGGACUUCUUAGACAACCUAAGUGGGGCCAUCUAAAAGAUCUUCAUAAAUCUAUAAAGCUAUGUGAAGAGGCAAUGGUGGCCACUGAACCAACAAUUACUUCUCUUGGUUCAAAUUUGGAGGCAAGUGUAUAUAAAGCAUCAGGGUUGUGUGCUGCUUUUCUAGCCAAUGUGGGUACCCAAUCCGACGCAAUUGUGAAAUUCAAUGGCAAUUCAUAUCAUUUACCUGCAUGGUCUGUGAGCAUUUUACCUGACUGCAAAAAUGCAGUGCUUAAUACUGCAAAGAUUAAUUCAGUGACUACAAUUCCAAAAUUCAUACGUCAAUCAUCAAAUGAUGAUGUUACUACUUCUGAAGCAUUCUUGUCGGGCUGGAGUUGGUUUAAUGAACCAGUUGGAAUCUCAAGUAAAAAUGCAUUCACAAAACUUGGAUUAGCGGAGCAAAUAAAUACUACAGCUGACCUAAGUGACUAUCUGUGGUAUUCACUGAGCACCGACAUUCAAGGCGAUGAGCCUUUCCUUCAAGAUGGAUCUCAAACAGUUCUUCAUGUGGAAUCACUUGGCCAUGCCCUUCAUGCUUUCAUUAAUGGCAAACUUGCAGGGAGUGGAAAAGGCAACAGUGGCAAUGCUAAGGUUUCAAUGGAGGUUCGCAUCACACUCGUCCCUGGAAAGAACAUAAUCGAUCUCUUGAGUUUGACAGUGGGACUUCAGAACUAUGGAGCAUUUUUUGACAAAAAGGGUGCUGGAGUUACUGGUCCAGUGAAGCUGAAAGGUGUAAAUAAUGGAUCUACCAUUGAUCUCUCCUCGCAGCAGUGGACAUAUCAGGUUGGACUCAAAGGUGAAGAAUUAGGUCUCUCCAGUGUAGGUUCUUCAGGUUGGGUAUCAGAAUCCACCUUGCCCAAGAAGCAACCCUUGAUUUGGUACACGACAAAUUUCGAUGCCCCUUCUGGCAAUGACCCAAUUGCACUACACUUCAUGGGGAUGGGAAAGGGGGAGGCAUGGGUGAAUGGACAAAGCAUUGGACGUUAUUGGCCAACUUAUACCUCUUCGAAUAGUGGUUGCACGGACACCUGCAAUUACAGAGGAGCUUAUAGAUCGCACAAAUGCCUCAAGAAUUGUGGGAAACCUUCACAGCAACUGUACCACAUGCCUCGCUCAUGGUUACAACCAAGUGGGAACACUCUGGUUUUGUUUGAGGAAAUGGGUGGUGAUCCAACACAGAUAUCUUUUGCUGCAAGACAGAUAGAAAGUUUGUGCUCUCACAUUUCAGAGUCUCACCCACAACCCGUGGACAUGUGGACUUCUGAUCAAGAGACAGGAAGGAGAUCAGGUCCUAUGCUAUCACUGGAAUGCCCUUUCCCUAAUCAGGUUAUUUCUUCAAUCAAUUUUGCAAGCUUCGGAACUCCUCAUGGGACUUGUGGAAGUUUUAGCCAUGGCCAGUGUAGCAGCGCCACUGCUCUUUCUAUUGUACAGAAGGCUUGCAUUGGAUCAAAGAGUUGCAGUAUUGGAGUGUCAAUCGAUACAUUUGGUGACCCGUGUGUUGGCAUGACCAAGAGCUUAGCAGUAGAAGCUUCGUGUACAUGAAGAGACCUUGCAUUGUAGCAUUGGCUGUCUGGGGUGCAUGCAAAGCAUUGUCCCCAGGUAAAUGUACAACCGGGUAAACAUUUUAAAUGGUUAAUAAAUUUGAAAAUAAAAUAAAUGGCUGUCUUCUCUUUCGAGAAAAGGGACUAUUACUCGGUAGAGAUUUGCAGAGCUCAAUCUACCAAUUCCCAUGAAACAAUCAACCGAAACACGGCACUAACUGAAAAUCAGCUUAUGAGAUUGUAUUUUGUGGGCGAGUCAUGCCCUUAUUUAUUU